CCCGACGACUCGACUCGGCGGUCCACCCCGUUCCGAGUCAACGCGUCUUCUCUCUCUCUCUCUUUCUCUCUCUCUCUCUCUCUCUCUACGUUGAAACCCUACAAACCCUAAUUCCCCUCAAAUGCCUCGCCCCCUUAAACCCUCUCCUCCUCCUCCUCCACCUCCUCUUCUCCUCCUCUAAUGGCGUCUCCUUCCCCUCUCCCCCUCCUCCUUCUCCUCCUCCUCCUCUCCGCUGCCGCCGCCGCCGCCUCCUCCGCCGCGGCGCUCGGGUUCGAUAUCCACCACCGCUUCUCCGAGCCGGUGCGGCGGUGGGCCGAGUCGCGCCGCCACCCCGGCGCCUGGUGGCCCGAGGCCCCCCAGGGCUCCGCCGAGUACUACGCAGCCCUCGCUCGCCACGACCAGGCCCUCCUCCUCCACCGCCGCAACCUCGCCGGCGACGCCGCCGCCCCCGCCCCCGCCCCCACCCCCGAGCUCGCCUUCGCCGACGGGAACUCCACCUUCCGCCUCAGCUCCCUCGGACUGUUGUAUUAUGCAUUCCUGGAGUUGGGAACUCCGAACGUGACGUUCCUGGUGGCGCUGGACACAGGAAGCGAUCUCUUUUGGGUGCCCUGCGAUUGCAAGCAGUGCGCGCCCACCACCUCGCCCUUUAACUUCGAGUUCAACAUCUAUAGUCCCUCUCAAUCUUCGACAAGCAAGAAGGUUCCUUGCAGCAGCAGCUUCUGUGAUCUCCGCAGCACUUGCACUGGAGCUAACAGCAGUUGCCCUUACGUUGUUGAAUAUAUGACUGAAAACACUUCGACUUCUGGCGUACUAGUCGAGGAUGUUUUGUAUUUCACACAAGAGGAUGCUAGAUCGAAAAUUGUCGAAGCUCCUGUUGUAUUUGGCUGUGGACAGUUUCAGACCGGGUCAUUUCUGGAUGCUGCAGCUCCUAAUGGCCUCUUUGGGCUUGGUAUGAAGAAGACAUCUGUUCCCAGCAUUUUAUCAAGCAAAGGGCUCACUUCAAAUUCCUUUUCCAUGUGCUUUGGAAGUGAUGGUAUUGGGAGAAUCAAUUUUGGGGACAAAGGUAGUGCGGGCCAAGAUGAAACUCCAUUCAAUGUGGAUAAUUCAUAUCCACAGUACAAUAUUAGUAUAACAGGACUACAAGUUGGGAAUAAGACUACACAAGCGGAGGUCUAUGCUCUCGUUGAUUCUGGCACCUCCAUCACGUUGUUGGCUGAUCCACUUUACACACAGCUUGGACAGGCGUUCACUUCCCAGGUUAAAGGGAGCCGGUUCACGUCCGAUCCUUCUGUACCUUUUGAAUACUGUUACCGUUUGGGUCAGAAUCAAACUACAGUUAGUACUCUCGAGAUGGGUUUUAUAACGAAAAAUGGCAACUUAUACCCUGUUUUGCACCCUUAUGCUCUUCUCUACAACACCCAGCCCCGUACUCUAGUUGCAUAUUGCCUCGCUAUCGUGAAAAGCAGCAAUGUGAAUAUAAUUGGGGAGAAUUUUAUGAUCGGCCUUCGCCUCGUCUUCGACCGAGAGAGAUUAGUCUUGGGCUGGGAGAAGUUCAACUGUUAUAAUGACACAAGCUCGAGCACUCUCCCUGUAAACGGAAACUCUUCUGCGCCCGCGCCAGCCGCUUUUGCGCCGAGCAGUUUCACUCCCGAAGCUACAAAGCAGAAGCCGAACAAUGCCCAGGCUCCGGCUGCGCCUCCACGCUCGAGCCAUUCAUCACACCUCAAUGUUAUGGCAAACAAGUUCCUCGUCCUUUUCUUACUCGUCGUCGCGAUUCUUUGAUCAAUUCUUUGCGCCGCUAUAUUAAGCCAGCUACCUUUCUCCAGAAACACGCAUUAUUCAAUACACACACCACACUACAUAGAAAGAGGUUUCUAAAUUUUCUGUUUUAAUUGUUAUUUCUUUUCCUUUCUUGUUUUCCUUUGAUGCGUUGUAUAAUAGCUGAUACUGGAAACAAGUUCUGUAUACUUUGCAUGACAGCAAUAAAAGGUUGUAUUUGUUAGAACUA